AUGAGUAGAAGCCAGGAUGAACCUCCUCACGAGCUUGAAAACCAGUUUAUACUGCGUCUGCCUAUGGAACAUGCUUCCACUGUCAGAAAGAUGGUGCAUUCUGGAAGUUCCUCCAUGAAGAAUAAACUAAAAAUUGACUUAUUUUCUGACACACGUCGUGCAGUUGUUGAGGUAGACAGUGUCUCACUAGCUGCUAAGCUGGUUGAUUUGCCUUGUGUUAUCGGAAGCCUAAAAACUCUGGAUAGAAAAACUUUUUAUAAAACGGCAGAUGUUUCCCAGAUGCUUGUGUGCACUGCUGGUGCUGCUGUUCACUCUUCUUCUGAAGAACCAGUAACCUCUACUGAUCUUAAAGCAAUCAGGAAAACUGAAAAGCAGAGACAGAAAAAAUAUACCUGGAAGCAUGGCAUUACCCCACCACUUAAGAAUGUCAGAAGGAGAAGGUUCCGCAAAACAACAAAAAAGCUUCCUGAUUUCAAACCAAUUGAAGAAAUGGACCUUUCUGAGCACAUUGAAUCUCCUGAUGUGGAAAAGGAAGUGAAAAGACUGCUGUGUUCAGAUGCCGAAGCUGUCAGUGCCCGGUGGGAGGUCAUUGCUGACGGUGAUACCAAGGAAAUAGAAUGUCAAGGCUCCAUUCCUAGCUAUGCGAUAGCCUCAGGAAUGAGUGACUACAAGCAGGGUCCUACCUUACCAGAAUAUUAUGUGCUUCAGGAGAUGCGCAAUGAUUCUAGCAAUAACACUGAGGAUGAUGAGGAGGAGGACAAUGAUGAAGAAGAGGAGGAAGAUUAUUAUGACGAGGAUAUGGAAAGGGAGCUACAGGCCAGGUUCAUUGAAUAUGGCCAGUAUGAGGCAAAGGAGGGAACCAGCUCAAUGGUCAUGGAAAUUCAGAAGCACACUCAAUACAUGGAGAAAAAGCUCAAUGAGAUUCAGCGCAGGGCACAAAGACAGGAGGAGCUCAUCAGGAAGGUGGAAAACCUGACACUCAAGAAUCAUUUACAGUCUGUGCUGGAGCAGCUUAAGUUACAGGAAGAAGAAAAAACUGAGCAGCUCAAUUAUCUACAGGAAAAACUGAACUAUUUCCUGAAGAAGUGAGGAGAGUCUUCAACCUGGCACCCAGGCCUUCAAUUCACCAUCCAGACUGAAGUCUAGAUAAACUGUGCCUGUUUCUUUUCCUUUCAUUGCCUUAUGCCAAAUCAUUUGUAUUUGCUUCUCUGAACCUUUUUUUUUUUUUUUUGCUAGUUCUGUAGGACCUGAAGACCCAGCUCAACUAUGAGACUUGGCUUCUUUUCAUAAAGUUUUAAGAAUUACUUAAAUGCUUCUCUACUAUGGUGCCAUCAGAUAAUUUGGCCAUGCUUGCCAAAGGGAGACAGUCUUUUAUAACUUGAAGGCUAUAUAGCCAGUCUGCAUAGAUUUUAGCUUUUCUGCUUGUUUCAAAUAUUUACUGAAACAGAACAAAGUCAAACCAUUUCUGCCAAGUGCUAGAACCCGCCACAGUGAAUUUAAGUGCCUACCUGGCAGCAGUUGAUACUAAGUUGUGAGGUGUCUUUGUUCAGGCAUUAGCAGCUGCUUUCCUGCUCAGGGGACAUUUCUUGCUGCCACCAUCUUCUUUCCACUGUUAAUAUUUUUAGAAUUGUGCCUGGUUGUUAUUUGGCAGCUAUGGGAAUAG